GUUCCACCGUGUGCACGGUUGACUGUAUCCGUGAUGACACUAUGGAUAACACAUACACAGACCAAUUCAAGGCGCAGGAGCGCUAUAAAACACCGACACGCACACACACCGACACACACCGACACAACCAGAGGCACAGCGAGCGGAGACAGGCGUUUUACCUGAGACUCACCUGAACCAUGGGCGUCAUCAUCUCACACGUUUUCUCCAGAUUCUUCUCCAAGCAGCCAGUCAGGAUUUUAAUGGUGGGUUUGGAUGCUGCAGGUAAAACCACCCUGCUGUACAAACUGAAGCUAGGCGAGGUCGUCACCACCAUCCCGACUAUCGGUUUUAAUGUGGAGACUGUGGAGUAUAAGAACAUCAGUUUCACAGUUUGGGAUGUUGGUGGUCAGACGAUCAUCAGGCCGCUGUGGAGACAUUACUAUGUUAACACACAGGGUUUGAUAUUUGUGGUCGACAGCAACGACCCCGAGAGGGUCAAAGAGGCGGCUGAUGAGCUGCACGCACUGUUGCAGGAGAACGAGCUGGCAGACGUGGCCGUGCUCGUCUUCGCCAACAAACAGGAUCUACCCAGAGCCAUGUCGGUUAGCGACAUCACUGAGGCCCUGGGCUUAAAAGCAGUGUCACAGCCGUGGUUGGUCCAGCCAUCCUGCGCCGUCAGCGGUACCGGUCUGGUUGAAGGUCUGGACUGGCUCUCCAAUCAGAUCCAGAACCAGUAGCGGACGUCGCGGGUGACGAGGUGUUCUGCUUUACUUUGAGCCGAGCCGAUGAAUCAGGAGGAACACAAAGGAUCUGUUUGCACUUCAUCACAAAGACAUUUGACAGGAAAUCCUGUGACCUCGAGGCUCCAGGACACACUGAAAACGACGAGAUGAAAAGUCCCAGCAGGGGUCAUUUUCAGUAACUUAAAAUUACCUGCAGCAGGUGAUUUACUGACCUUGAUUGUUUAACAAGUUAUUCUUCAGACGUGAUGAUAAUGAAUCUGCUGCAGAGCUAAAAUUUCUCAGACAGUUUCAGCACCACAUGCUGCUUUAAACUUCCUCCUCCAGACGCAGCAGUGAGGUUAUUCCAUUAGUACACAUUCAUGUAGUACAUCAUGGAGACUAAGUACUUAGUGGUGUACUACAUGAACGACCACAGUUUUCUCUCACCAGUAAAUAUUUUAUUUACUCAUUUGCUUCAUUAGUUUUAUGAACAGUUGCCAUGAGCAGUGCCUUCAGUGAAGAUGGAAACACAACACAACACAUGCAAUGUGUGUUUUUACCUGUAAAUACUGCUCUUAGAUAGCCAGCUAGCAUCAUCAUCAUCAUGAAAACUGUUGGGUGGUUCCUCUCCUUCACCCCUGCCCCUGCUGAGGGUGCCCCCCCCCCCC